GUCGGUCGGAAAGGAGCGCUUCCUCUUAUCUCCUCCGCACGGAAGGACUUCAAAGCAGGCCGGCCGAUCGGCCGGCCGGCCGGCGUGCGCCCGUGCAGGCAUUGCGCCGCAUUGUUCCAAAGUUCUCGUUCAGGCUGGGAAAGCACCUACGCUCGCGGGAGGGACAAAGAGCAGAGAGAGAGCACUCGUGAGGACGACACACAGCCAAGACAAGACACGACGCGACACGACGACUGGGAAAAGACUCGCGGAUGGAUCCCGUCAACUCCACGCAGCUGAGCGUCAACCAAUCGGACGCCAGCGGCGUGCUGACGCAUGGGGUGCUGCCCUGGCUCUACCUGCUCCUCUGCGCGGCGGGCGUGCCGCUCAACGGCGCGGCCGCCUGGAUCUUCUUCCGGGUGCCCAGCGACUCGGCCCUGGUGGUGUACCUGAAGAACAUGGCGGUGGCCGACCUCCUGAUGCUGGCCACCUUCCCCUUCCGGGUGGCGGCGCAGCUGGGGCUGGGCGGCUGGCGCCUCCACGUGGUUCUGUGCCGCUACACCUCGGUGCUCUUCUACUCGUCCAUGUACGUGGGCAUCCUCUUCAUGGGCCUCAUCAGCCUGGAGCGCUACGUCAAGGUGGUGCGCCGCUCGGGCGGCUCCGCCUCGGCCCACUUCCUUCAGAGGGUGGGCGCGGCCCGGCUCCUGGCGCUGCUGGCCUGGAGCCUCCUCAUCCUGUGCGUGCUGCCCAACGCCGUGCUGACCGGCCGGCCGGCCGACCAGGAGACGUCUCGCCACUGCAUGAGGCUGAAGAGCCCGCUGGGGGUGCAGUGGCACCGCGUGUCCACCUUCUUCAGCGUGGGCCUCUUCUGGCUCACUCUGCUGGUUCUGGCCUUCUGUUACUCCUCCAUCACCCGCCGCAUCUACCGCUCAUCCCGCCCCCAAGGCGGCGGCGGCCGCCGCCACGGCGACGACGUACGGCGCAAGUCCAACCGUAGCAUCUUCUGCAUCCUGGCCGUCUUCUUCAUCUGCUUCGUGCCCUACCACGUCUGCCGCGUGCCCUACACCCUCAGCCAGAUGCCGGCGUCCGGGUUCAGCCGAGCCUCGCGCCUCCUGCUCUUCCAGGCCAAGGAGGCCACGCUCUUCCUGUCCGCCGUCAACGUCUGCCUGGAUCCCGUCAUCUACUUCCUCAUGUGCCAAAAGUUUCGAGAGUCUUUGCUCGCCAAGCUCUCCAGAGGGGACGGGAGCGUCUCCCUCACCGCCGCGCCCAGCCUCAGCAACAUUUAGGACCCGAGGAGGUCAGGAAACAUCUCAGGCGUGAGGAUGUGAGCGGAGGAGACUGAGCCGAGAAGAAGCAAAGCGGCCUCGGCCGAACUGUGGAAACACGAUGGAUGGGAGGAACGUGAGAGCCUGUGAGGAAAUGGCGCCAGCCAGGAGAUGGCGGCGGGGUAUGACAGAAAACCAGAGGAGAGGAGGCGAAGGAUCACAUGCGCAACGGAGAAAGAGCAAAAAUAAAAGCAUUUCAUACUUCAAACAAAAAAACUCAGCUCGUUUGUCGAUCAUCCCAAAUGUCAAUAAUCGUCCCGAACGAAAGACUCUGAUUGAUGGAUUCUUUGAAGAUCCGCAGGUGUCCCAAUCAACUUCGCCUAUUUAGUGUGCCCUCUAGCGGACAACUUUGGGUCCAACGCCAACUUGAAGUUGCGCAAACUAACCAAAAGAGGG